AUGGCAGGCCUCGUCUCCGUCCCCAACGUCGACAUCAACUUCGUCCCCGUCAAGGGAGGCGAGACCUUCAAGCUCGGCCCUCUCACCUGCCGCGUGUUGGAAGAUGGGUCAAACACGGACCACCGCCUCGGCGUAGCCGAACUAACCAUGCCCCCCAAAACGCCCGGCCCGCCACCGCACUGGCACGAAAUGCACGACGAAACCUUCUACAUCACCCAAGGCACCGUGCGCUUCCACGUCCCAGACACGACCUCGCCCGAGACCUCCGGCAAAGACAAGAAAAUCGUCGACUGCAAAGCGGGCGACUACAUGGUGGUGCCCAUCCGGGCGCCGCACACCUUCUCCAACCCGGGCGACGAGGAGGCCAAGAUUUUCUUUACCAGCACGCCGAGUUUUUAUAUAAAUUAUUUCAAGCUGCUCAGUCAGUUGGCGAAGCCCGAUCAGCCUGUGCCCGCCGAGGUGAAUAUGCAGGCGAUGGCGAUGUUUGCGACGAUUUUGGCGGAUAAGAAGCCGCGGAAGCCGGAGUGA